AUGUCAUUUGCUUCUUUUAAUAGUUUUACUGAUGCCUUGCGACGUGUGUAUCCAUGCAGACCACGACUACUAAUGUACAACGGGUGCCUCACUGUUCAUCCAAACAGAAGUAAUGAUAUUGUAGAAGAAUCAGAUACUGUAGCAACAGCAACAGCAAAGGCGAUCACUUCCACACACUUCAUCCCACUUGUAACUAAACAAUGUUACUACUGUAAAGAGGAAAAGAAAGAUUUAUUGUUAAAUUUCACACAAAAAUAUGGUUACAAUCUGACUCUGUUUUUAAUGGAUCGUUCUUCACACUAUGCUUAUUCAGACUCUAGAAGUAACAGAAAGAGCAACUUAAAUAAUAAGAGCGACAGAGAUAAUGAUGUUGAUGAUAAUAAGGAUGAUGUUGAUGUUGAUACAUUAGAUCUUUCCUUCAAAAAGGAAAUGGCAAACGAAGUUAUCAACUCUAAAACUUCUGCAUUUACAGAAGUUGGAACACCUAGAGUCAAUCUUAAAUUAAUUCGUUGUGAAUCUCGAGUAAAUCUCACAAAUUGCACAAGAACACGUAUGCUACAAGAUGAAUUACGGCGUACAGAGAAUGAACGUUGGCUUCUUUACCAAUCUAACGGAAAGUCAUCCUUUCUUUCUGUAAAUAAACAAUCACACGAAAGAGACUUAUCAUCAUUAUUAUAUAAAUCUCCAGAUGCCUUGCAUUUAUUAUGGAAUCAUCAUGAAUGGUAUUUUGAGGAUCCACUGCUGGUGGAACUGCAAGCCAAACAAACACCACAUCCUUCCAAUUCAACUGGAUAUUGGCAGGCGUGGUUAAAACCGUUUAACCAUCCUUUUAAAGGAUCUGCCAUUUUACCACUGCAGGAUGUCCAACAGCUUCAAGUAACGGAAGAUGUAAAAGUGAUUAAUGUUGAAGCGAAGGAUCGCUAUUUGGCGGAAGGCCAUGAAGUUAUUUUCUCAUGGAAAAACUUUUAUAAGGUUGUGGCUCCUCAUUACUGGGCAACCACAGGUGAACUUAUACACUCUACAGAAGAGGAUCUUCACUACACAUCAAAUACGGAGAAUGAGAAGGAAGAUGAUGUAAAACUUUUCUCCGUGAGGGAUAAGUGUUGGUUCACACAAGCAGAAUUACCUCAACGACAAUUGCAGGUGCGUCGUGGGGGAAAUAUUUUUCAAAUGCCUAUUUAUUACGAUGGUUGUGGAUUCUUUCUUCAUGCAGCACCGCAUUGGUUUCUCUUACCACGAGAAGAAGUACUGCGACGAUGUCCAAUCACUUUUCAAACAGUAAAAAAUAUUCCAUUCCUCUCUGAGAGUGGAAAUACGGAUGAUGUGAUUGCGGCAGCCAACAACGAUGGACCACUUCGUAAUAAACUUAUUUUUGUACUUAAAGAAACAAAAGAGUGGUAUACUUAUCCACGUAAAUAUGGCCUUUUGAACUUCAACCUUAAUCUCUCACAAACAUCAGAGACUUAUUCUAAUCAUUCCAUUGAUUCUUCUUCCACUACAACAGAAGCACUCAUUUUUAUUGAAUUCAGUAUAGCAGUGGGUCUCAUGCAGGAUUGGUGUAAGACUUAUCAAAACGAUUUAAUGAAAGCCAACGAAAUGUCAAAACAAUCACAUCAACAAAGUCUAGUGGAGUUCUUUGCAACACUUCCCUCUGUGCUUUCCACAACUUCAUUUAUUAAUGCCUUUAUUGCACGCUGUGCGAGUCCCGUUAAACUAACGUCAUUCACAACACCCAUAACUACUGUUGCUGAAGAAACCACACCGCCAACAACAACAACAACAACAAUAAUAGAGUCUUGUAGCGAGAACACAGUUCACCCACCCUGCACAGGAAAACAUGAAACAAUAGAUAAAAAAACUGGGAAUAAAUCUCCAACUUCUUCACUCAAAUUUGACGAAACAGACGACUCUACAGUUGAUUUUCCCGCUGUGGAUCGCCGUGUGUACACACCAGGGCAUCGACUAAGCAAAGCCUACACACAUCCGCGAGAGGAACAGCACCAAACUUUGUAUCCAGCAGAGUGCAAACACUUAACACCUGCAGUUGCUGCAGAAAUUAUUGAGCAAAAGAAGAAAAAGAAUCAUCAUACAUUCACGACAAACUCAAGCGAAACCUCAUCUAGUAUCAGUGAAGAAGAAGAAAAAGUUGAAAAUACCAUAAAAGAUAAUAUCGUGUUGGAUCUUGGUAUCACAUGGUUAUCUUUCAGAUAUAAUAUUACAGCUGUCAAUGCACUUGAUACCGAAGUGAGAACGUAA